UGAAUUUUCCUCCCAGCAGGCACUUGGGAAAACUUGUCCUGACGGAUGCGUAUCACUCCCGCACAAAAACAGAAGCAUGCUGUCAACAAUUCAGAAUUUCGACUCGCCGUCGGAGCCAUGCUGCUCCCGACUUUCCACCUGGCCGCUCUGCUCCUCCUCUUCGUGUCCGCUGGCCGCUGCGCAGACGCCGCUGCCGGUGGCGAUGGCGGCCGGUUCGUCUACAACGGCUUCAGGGCCGCAAACCUCACCCUCGACGGCGCGGCCACCGUGACGCCGAACGGCCUCCUGAUGUUGACCAACGGCACCAUCCAGAUGAAGGGCCAGGCGUUCCACCCGUCCCCGCUGCCGUUCCGGGACCCGAAAGCCCCGAACGCCACCGCCGCGCGGUCCUUCUCGACCACCUUCGUGUUCGCCAUCUUCGGGCAGUACACCGACCUGAGUAGCCACGGCCUAGCGUUCUUCGUCGCCGCGGACAGGGCGGUGCUGUCCACCGCGCUGCCGGGCCAGUUCCUGGGCCUGCUCAACAACACCAACGACGGCAACCGGAGCGCCCACGUCUUCGCCGUGGAGUUCGACACGCUCUUCAACGCCGACUUCCACGACCUGAACAGCAACCACGUCGGCGUCGACGUCGACAGCCUGGAGUCGCGCGUCGCCGCGGACGCCGGGUACUACGACGACGCCACCGGGCUGUUCCGGAACCUGAGCCUGAUCAGCCGGAAGGCGAUGCAAGUCUGGGUGGACUACGACGGCGCGGCCACGCAGGUCACGGUGACCAUGGCGCCUAUAGGCUUGGCCAGGCCCAAGAAGCCGCUGCUGCAGACCACCGUCGACCUCUCCGACGUGGUGCAAGACGCGGCGUACGUCGGGUUCACGUCGGCGACGGGCGUCCUCUUCUCGCGCCACUUCGUGCUCGGCUGGAGCUUCGGGCUCGACGGGCCGGCCCCGGCGCUGAACAUCUCGGUGCUGCCUGCCUUGCCGCCCGCGGGGCCCAAGCCGCGGUCGAAGGUCUUAGUGAUCGUGCUGCCCAUAGCGUCUGCCACGCUGGUGUUCGCCGUCGGCAUCGCGAUUUACGCCUUGGUGCGGCGGCGGAUCAAGUACGCCGAGCUGCGCGAGGACUGGGAGAUCGCGUUCGGGCCGCACAGGUUCUCGUACAAGGACCUGUUCCAUGCCACCAAAGGGUUCAGCGACAAGCAGCUGCUCGGCGCAGGAGGGUUCGGAAGCGUCUACAAGGGCGUUCUCCGCAAGUCCAACACGGAGACGGAGGUCGCGGUGAAGAAGGUGUCUCACGAGUCCAAGCAGGGUAUGAAGGAGUUCAUCACCGAGGUUGCGAGUAUGGGACGGCUGCGGCACCGCAACCUCGUGCAGUUAAUCGGCUACUGCCGGCGCAAAGGUGAACUUCUCUUGGUCUACGAUUACAUGCCAAACGGUAGCCUUGAUAAAUACCUGUAUGAUCGAAGCAAGGGUGGAUUGGAUUGGCCUCAGAGGUUUCGUAUCAUCAGAGGAGUGGCCUCUGGACUACUAUACCUCCAUGAGGAUUGGGAGCAAGUUGUGAUCCAUCGAGAUGUUAAGGCAAGCAAUGUGCUCCUCGACGCCGAAAUGAAUGGACGCCUAGGAGAUUUCGGCCUUGCAAGGCUGUAUGAUCAUGGAGCCGAUGCGCAUACUACACAUGUGGUGGGCACCAUGGGGUACCUAGCCCCUGAAUUGGGCCACACCGGCAAGGCAACUCCGGCGACCGAUGUCUUUGCUUUCGGGGCAUUCCUUCUGGAGGUCACCUGUGGACGAAGACCGAUUGAGCAAGACGAGCACGGCAAUCGCACCGUGCUCGUGGAUUGGGUAACUGGACGUUGGCGCAGGGGAUUGAUCAUCGACGCGGCGGACACGAUGACCCCAGAUGGUUUUAAUCCUGAUGAGGUCUCUCUGGUACUGAAACUUGGGCUGCUCUGCUCGCAUCCAUUGCCCAAUGCAAGGCCGACCAUCCGGCAGGUCAUGCAGUACCUCGACGGCGACAUGGUCCUUCCGGACCUGUCACUGGAGCAUUUUGGCUUCACUGUAAUGGAGCAGAUGUAUAGCAGGGAGUUCGACAAGAAUAUGACGAUGCCAUGUGUGUCGUCCACGAGCAUGGGUACCGUUUCUGAUAUCUCUGGAGGAAGGUGAUAGAAUCUUGCAGUUAGGGAGUGUAACCAUUUAUCUGUUUCCUCUGUAAUAAGAAAUGUAGGUUCUCGUGUCAUAGUACUGAGUACUGAAUUCUUCUUAUAUUUAACACGGUUCA